AUGGAGAGCAAGUUGGCCAACGUCGACCUGGGACCUUACCGUCGCAUAGUGCAGCUGUUUUGGGAUCCAGAACCAGUUAACGAUGCAAUCCAGGACCAGCCUAUAUGGUGUUUAGGCCGUUCAUACCAGCUGGCAAGCCACAGCAGCACCAAAACCAUCGAGAGGGAUACUACUCCAACUGCUGAAAGUGUAGAGUCGCUGAAAGAGGAUAGGGCCAAACCUGUCCCUGCAACAAACUCAGCUCUUGAGACACCACCAGACUCGACUUCCAGUAGCUUCUCAUCUUCACUCGCAUAUGAUGAGUCGACCGACGCUGGAAACUGGCCCCAGGGAUUUUUGGACGACUUUGAAUCCAAGUUCUGGAUGACAUAUAGGUUUGAAUUUGAGCCUAUCGCAAGAUCCUCUGACCCGAAGGCACGGUCGUCUCUUUCACUUUCCAUGCGUAUUAAGAGCCAGUUAGGUGGAGACCAGACUGGAUUCUCGUCGGACAGCGGAUGGGGGUGUAUGAUUAGAUCUGGUCAGAGCCUUCUCGCCAAUUCGAUUGCUAUCUUACGACUGGGUCGAGAUUGGCGUCGUGGAAGUCUGAAGAAAGAAGAGCGAGAGCUCAUUCGUAGCUUUUCUGAUGACCCGAAGGCCCCAUACUCGAUUCAUAACUUUGUCAAGCAUGGGGCAGAAGCUUGUGGGAAAUACCCCGGAGAGUGGUUUGGACCAUCCGCUACUGCUAGAUGCAUUCGCGCCCUGGCCAAUGCUCAUGAGCCAUCUUUACGGGUUUAUUCGACUGGAGAAGGGCCCGACGUCUACGAGGACAGUUUCAUGAAGGUUGCUAAGCCUGACGGCGAGGAAUUCCAUCCGACUCUGAUCCUGGUGGGAACUAGGCUGGGCAUCGACAAGAUCACGCCUGUUUAUUGGGAGGCACUCAUUGCGGCUCUGCAAAUGCCACAGUCUGUUGGUAUUGCUGGUGGACGCCCUUCAUCAGCUCACUACUUCGCUGGAGCUCAAGGUUCAUUUCUCUUUUAUCUAGAUCCUCAUCAUACAAGGAGAGCUCUACCAUAUCACGAAAACCUAGCUGAAUAUACGGAUGAGGAGAUUGAUUCCUGCCAUACGAAUCGACUCCGACGUAUUCACGUUCGCGAAAUGGACCCUAGCAUGCUGGUCGGCUUCUUAAUCCGCUCCGAAGAUGACUGGAAGGACUGGAAGCGGUGCGUCAAGCAUGUACAGGGCAAAGCGAUCAUUCACGUUGCAGACCACGACCCUAGCCUGCCUGGGGGCUACGGACCCGAGGGCAGAGAAGGAGCUAUUGAUGAAGUUGAGCCUUUGAGCGAUGACGAAGAAGAUGAGGAUACGAUCCUGGACAAAUAG